AUGAAGGUACGGCUUCACAUCAACAUAACAACUUUUGCAAUACUGGCAGGAUUCAUUGCUAUCUUUCUAUCAGCACUUGAAGCGAACGCCAAAUCCACCAACCCCUACCUGUGCAGAUGCACAUGUUUCGGCACAAAUACGACAGUCGUACCGCUCUUUUCACCAACUGAUCCGCAAAAUCCAUGUACGACUUGUACACGACAAUUUUGUUUAAAUCAAAGCUUGGAAGCAUGCAGAGGAGCAAGGAUCGAAAGACCUGAUGCAGAUACAGGUACAGGAUGGGAAGGUGAAGUUUGGGCAAAAUGUUUACGACCGGAUUCAGAACGUGAUAAAACACUCAUUUCCUUGUACAUUUUGGUCAUCAUUGCAUUACUGGCAUUCGCUGCUUUGCGAGAUCGUUAUCCUACUUGGAUGGAGGAUCCGCGAUUGCAAGGACCACAAAGCGUUUAUCGUGCGGUAGUGAAUUCGCCAUGGCUACAAAGUAUCGGUGGUGAUCGCUCAGGAGGCACAGCAACAGGUUCCCAAAGAAGACGGCGAUAG